AAUCCUCCUAUUGAACUAGAUAAUUUAGACUACGAUUCCCAAUUAAGUGAAUAUAAUUCUGAUGAUUCAAAUCAUACAAGAGAAGCAAAAUUGAGAAACAAAAUUUGUGGUAAACGCAAAGUAGAUCAAUUAGAGAAAUCG